AGAGUGCUGAAAAUAUGUCUAGAGUGGCAUUAAUACAGUUAAACUGGACUACCCAGAAUGAUCUGUGCCUACAGGCACAAGAGGCUUAUUUAAAUGAAGAAGGAAAGAGGAUUGCUCUCAGAGCAGUGAAGAAAAAUGAGCUCCACCGAAGACCUUGAAUAUCCUCGUAUCUUAAUUCAGUACCAGAAUGGAUUUUUGAUGUCAAAGGUUCUGUUUUCUGCCUGUGAGUUGGGAGUAUUUGAUCUUUUGAGAGAGUCCGGAGAGAUUUUGUCCUCAAAGGCUAUUGCUGAGAGGCUGGAGACCAGCUACCAUGGAAUGGAGAGGCUGCUUGAUGCAUGUGUGGGUUUGAAGCUCCUGAGAGUGGAAGUGAAAGAGGAAGGAGCUUUUUAUGGCAACACAGAGAUAUCCAAUCUCUACCUUGCAAAAACAAGUCCAAAGACCCAGCAUCAUAAUUUGAUGUACUACUCCAAAACCAUCUAUCUGUGCUGGCACUACUUGACUGAUGCUGUGAGGGAAGGAAAAAACCAAUAUGAGAGAGCAUUUGGCAUUUCAUCGAAAGAUGUCUUUGAAGCUCUUUACAGAUCAGAGGAAGAAAUGAUAAAAUUCAUGUAUGGCUUGAAUGAAAUUUGGAGCAUUUGUGGCAGAGAUGUGAUAGCAGCAUUUGAUCUUUCUUCAUUCACUGUGAUUUAUGACCUUGGAGGUGGUGCUGGUGCUUUGGCUCAGGAAUGUGUUUCAAUGUAUCCAAGUUGUACAGUCACCAUCUUUGACCUUCCUAAAGUAAUACAAACAGCAAAAAAGUAUUUUGUAUCUUCAGAGGAACAUCGGAUCACAUUUUAUGAAGGGGAUUUUUUUAAAGAUCCAGUUCCAGCAGCUGACCUGUAUAUUUUAGCGAGGAUCCUCCAUGACUGGGCAGAUGAGAAAUGUGUGCAGCUUCUCACAAAAGUGCAGAAGGCUUGCAGACCUGGUGGUGGAGUGCUGCUCAUUGAAACACUUCUGAAUGAAGACAAAAGCGGCCCAUUGGAAAGCCAACUCUAUUCCAUUAAUAUGCUUGUUCAGACAGAAGGAAAAGAACGUACCCCAGCAGAGUACAGCAAACUCCUCACAGCUGCUGGUUUCAAAGAAAUUGGCUUCAAGAAAACAGGAAAGCUUUAUGAUGCCAUUUUAGGAAGAAAAUAAUAUUGUCUGUGAUCCUUCAUUAUAAGAGGUGCAAUUGAAGUAAGAAUAAUUUGUUCAACUGAAAUUUAUCCAACUCACAGUUCAGGAUGGCAAUAUAACAAAAUGUUUCUGUAUUAAUUUAUUUAAUCACAGUAAAACAGUGCCUACUUAGAUUUAUUUAGUUUAGAUUUUGUUUUUUCAAGCAUGCUUUGUUCACAUAGCAUGUGUUUGUAGAUAAGCACCCUAACCGUUGGCUUGGAUCACUGUAAUAUCAUUGAAAGCCAGCAAAACAGUGUUAAUGCUGAAGGUGAAAUAUCAGUCAUAGAAUGCUAACAAACAGUUCAGUUGAUGUGAGGAAAUGAAAGGUUAGUUUCUGUACUGGAAGGAAAAACAAAACCACUAACUAAAGAAUGCUCAAGAGAGACAAGCUUUGGGGAGAGAGGGCCAGGGAAGUGAAAGGACAAGAGAGGGCUAGAACUCAACCCCAAUGUCAUGCCUUGCCUUGUUUGUAAACAAUGGUUAAAACAAGCCUGAGCUUGCUGGGUUGGGACAUCCCAGCAAAUCCCAGCUAGUUCUAAUUCAAUUGGAAACCUUCCUCCUCUCAUGUGUGAAGGGAAGAGAGGAGUGUAUGAAAAGAGGCAGGACAAAAGCAAAACAUUUGAUAGAUGGCAAUAUCCCUUCCAUAUUUUAAAAUAAAAUUAUGUGAAAUGAA